UCAAGGGUCACCAGGGCGGGCCAGGUCCCGGAAGCGGAAGCGCAGCGCACUUCCGGCGCCCAGCGAGCGGCCAUGUUGGAGCAGCGGAGGCGGCGCAGAGGUGCGUCCUGGGUCCCCGCGGCGGCGCCGGUGCCGAGCGCUGGUGUGCAGAGAACCCCGUCAGCCCUGCAGUGCCAAUGCCAUGAGCGUGGCGCAGCAUGUGGAAGAGAAAGCUGUGCACGCGUGGUCCCGGAUCUCCACGGCAGGGAAGAAGGCCCUGGAAGAGGCGCUGCUGGUCUUUAACCCCAUGAGCCAGGAUCUGAGCGCCACAGAGGCCCAGCUGGUGGCCUUCCUGCAGGGCCUGCGAGAUGAUGGCUUCCAGCCUACCAUCCUGCGCAGCGGUGACGUCUACGGCUACAGUUCGUGCACGGCCAAACCCCCAAGCCAGACGAAGCUGCAUGCUCGCGCCCCCAUCCCAGCCACCACGUCACCUCCAGCCGGUGCUCCCCGAGCUGCGAUGCGGCUGCCUGCCGGCCCGGCCACGCUGCUUCCCGUGCCGCUGUCUGGCAGGCUGGCCAAAGCGUCCACACCAGCCCUUCCCAAGCAUGCUACCACCAACCUGCUCCUGAGCUCCCUGAAGGAGUCCAGUGCCAGCCAUGCCCGGGGCACAGCAGUGGGCUUCCCCACCCACCUCUAUCCAGGUGUCUACCCUGCCAUGCGGCUCUCCGUUGUCCUCGAGGCCCUGGUUCCACUCAAGACUCCCAUGCCCCACUUGGGUGCCAAGCACAAGACACAGCCCCUGCAGCUCUCCCUCGCGGACUCUCCCCUGAAGCUGCAGAAAGGCCCGGGAAAGGGCCUGGGGCUUCCUAGGAAAGUCACAAGCAAGAGCCCUAAGUGUGUGAUUCGCAGAGGCCCCAGGGCUGGACCCCAAGAAAGCGCUGGGCUUCAGAGCAAGACCUGCAAAGCCACCGGGUCCCUCCUUGGCCCACAAACAAAAGGUGUCUCUGCCUCGAGCACCAAGACAGCCCAGGCCAAGGCGGCUCAGACACUGGCCAGAGCUGUCUGUGCCCAGGCCAAGGUGGCUCACACCCAGGCUAAAGCUGCCAAGGCCCGGGCAAAGACGAAGGCAGUGGAGGUCAAGGCCAAGGCCACAUGUGCCAAGGCCAAAGCAGCAUGGAUCAAGGCCAAAGCCCAGGCGGCGCGGGCCAAGGCCAAGGCUGCUCGGACCCAGCCCAGGGGCCGGGGCCGGGACUGUGUGAAAGGCUCUGUUCAGGCCAGGACCGCAAGGAAAGGCCCGAAAAGCAGCCCUGGGGCUGGGGGGCAGAAGAGGAAAAGGACUGAGGAGGCAAAAGACCUUCCCCGGAAGAGGACGCGGCUGGGGGCCCGCGGCCCUAAGGCACGGGUACGUCCUGGGACAUCCGAGCUCCUGAAGUUCCAGGCCAUCAACGUGGACAGGCGAUCCUCGGACGACGAAGUGCGGCGGCAGGCCCAGCGCGCCCUCCGUGUGAACCUGUCCCCCGUGGUCCGCCUCCAGCCCCUGUUGCCCUCCCCGGUGCCCUGACCUCUCCCCGGCCCGGUUCGGGGACUGGCCGGCUGUCCCUGUGGUCGGGCACAGUGCAAUGCCGUGGACUCCACAACCUUGAGGACUGGGGGCGCCUCUCCAGGGCCUGCAGGCCACUAGCCUUCCAGACAGGAGGGUGGGGGCCGGGGGACAAUGCACUGUGACUUGCUGCUCUUCAGGUUGUAUGUCCACGUUCCAUCCAUCACGUUUUAUACCUUUCCA